AAGACAGUUAGGUGAUAUUGCUCUUUUUGGUUUCAUUUGAGCUCCAAAAAAGCAACCGCACCAUCGUUUUAAGUGCUCGACACGUGAGAAUUCUUUGGUUUUCAUUGGAGAAGACACGUGUGAAACCACGCUAAACACGCACUACACUAACGGCUUUUCUUAGCCACGUUACCGCUUCUACUCUUAGCGUGCGCCCCCCACUGUGCACACGCCGGCAUAGAUUCCACCUUGAUCGAUCCGAUCGGAGAAACCCUAGUUUUUAGCGGUGCCGUCACUUUCACUUCAAAUCUCAAUUCCAAUCGUAAAUUCUGAGAUUCGGUAAUCGAUAAUCACGUUAUGAUCUUCGAAUCUUAGAAAGGUAGAGUGGAUUCGAGACUGUAACAAAGAAGAAGAAGAUGCAGAGACGAAGUCCUCCCAAGCAUAGACACGAUGGGACUUCGCCGCUGCCUCUUGGCAUGGAUUGGAGUCCUGCACCUCGAAAAUGGAAUGGACGGGAAACGGAAUGGCCACACAAUCAUCGUACCGGUUGGAGUUAUUGUGUCUUAAUACCUUCUUGGGUCUUCGUGCCAAAAUCAAGGAAUUCAGAUCCUAUAGUGUUCUACAGGCUUCAAGUUGGUAUACAAUCACCAGAAGGGAUUACGAAUAUCCACGGAGUACUAAGAAGGUUCAAUGAUUUUAUAAAGUUGUAUGUUGAUCUUAAAAAGGAGUUCCCCGGGAAAAAUAUCCCUCCAGCGCCACCCAAGGGACUCUUGCGAUUGAAAAGUCGAGCUUUGUUGGAAGAGAGAAGGCGCUCUUUGGAGGAGUGGAUCACCAAACUAUUGUCUGACAUUGAUAUCUCAAGAUGUGCUCCUGUUGCAUCAUUUCUUGAGCUAGAAACUGCUGCUAGAUCUUCAUUUCAAGAUGCAAGCCAGCAGAAUUCAGUAACAGAUCAUGAUUCUAAUAACAGAGAUUAUUCGGUGCAACCAUCUCUCCUUUCGAGCUUAUCAUUAGCUGCUGGAAGUUCAUCUGUUGCGUCAGAUUAUGGUAGUGAUACUCCAUAUGAUGUAUCGGAAGUAGGAACUCCGAGAAUUGGACGGGAUGAUAAUUCUGAAGUUGGGACAGAUGAUCUGACAUUAGAUGAAGAUAUGACAAACCCAAUAGAAAGGCUUGUAAAGUAUGGCAUAUCAAAUAUUGACGAGGGUUUGUUUAUGGGUCAGACUAUUUUAGAGCAAUUAGAAGGACUUCCUAGGCAUAAAGUAAAUGCCAGACAUAUGAACAAUGUUGCAGGGAAGGACAGAAGUAAUGGUAAUUCGUAUGAUUCUUCACUUCUAGCUAACAAUACCAUGGAACGUUUCUCUGAGCCCGGACAUGCUAAAGCUUUUGGUCACAUUCGUAAGCUUUCAAAUGAGAGUGUUGGAAGUGAUGGAAGCUCAAUACGAGGUAGUGACAUGUCUAAUUUUGGGAUACCAAAUUCAUCUGGUGAUGGCUCUGUCGACCUUCCUGGAUGUGCCUCAGUUUCGAGAGAAACAGAUAUUGCGGGCCACAAGUCGAAGUGUGCCGGCGAUGCUCAAUUAGUCCUCCCGCUAGAUCAACGCAAUAAACUGAACAGGAUUCUUUCAACCAUGCAGAGAAGGCUAUUCACAGCGAAAACUGAUAUGGAGGACCUUAUAGUUAGAUUAAAUCAAGAAAUAGCGGCAAAGGAUUUUCUUACAACAAAGGUUAAGGAUGUGGAAGUUGAACUUGAAACUACCAAACAAAAAAAUAAGGAGAACUUGCAGCAGGCUAUUCUGAUCGAGAGGGAAAGAUUUACCCAAAUGCAGUGGGAUAUGGAGGAACUUAGACGAAAGUCACUGGAAAUGGAGAUGAAACUUAAGUCUGAAUCAGAUGGAAAUGCUGGUCAGAAUUUGACAAAGAAAUCAAUUGUCCAUCAGAACGAUGUGCUGUUGCAGGAUUUAGAUGUUGCCAGGGAGCAGCUGGAAAUUUUGUCAAAACAGUAUCUAGAGCUAGAAGCAAAAUCCAAAGCAGAUAUUAAAGUUCUGGUUAAAGAGGUUAAAUCUCUCCGUAGUUCCCAAACAGAUUUGAAGAAGGAACUUAGUGAGUCCAUAAAGGAGAAACUUGAAGCGGAGAAACUACUACUUCAUGAAAGAGAGAAAAGGGAACAAGCAGAAACAGCUUCUAGAGAAUUGCUUGAGAAAUGUGGCCUUCUUUUUAAGCAGCUUCAAGAAUGCAAUGUCGAUCUUCCUUUCAAUGACGAGAAUAGGACAGUCUUGCAUUCAUCAACAUCAACUGAUGCUUUUAAUCUAUUAAAGACAUCUGAUGACCAAAUCAACAUCCUACUAGCAGAGGUAGAAAACUUAGAGAAGGACUACGGAAAUGCAGCUUUUAUCGGGGAAAAAACCAAUGUCAUACAAGAUGGUGCAAUCUGUGGUGAUGAAAUGAGAAAGAUCAUAGCAGAUUUGUUCGUUGAUAAUGUUAGAUUGAGAAAACAAACAAACCAGAUUACAAGGCAUGCGCUCAAAUUGGAUAUGACAACAAGCGUUGUUUCUCCUUCAAUUGAAAAUGUAACAAAUAGUUAGAAAUAUAUGGGAAGUGGUAUUAUAUAUUGUUCUUCCACUUUUGACUUAGAUCCCACCGUUUCCCAUCCCGGGAUAUGGGUUAAUUUCAUACUGAAUACAGUCGCUCCCCAGUGUAUUUAUCCCUGUAUGAGUUUUAAUUUACACACAUAUACAAGCCUUUGCAUUGCACCUUUAUUGUGUGUGAACUUAAACAUACAAUAAUGAAAAGUUGGAUCUCAUCAAAGACAAUAAAAUGAUGUUUGCUCUC